CGAAGCUACUGCUUGGGAUGUCGAUCGUCCAGAGCAUAUUUUGUUUUGCGCUACCUCUCUAGUUUUGACCAGUUUUAAAAGCGAGAUUUGCCGAAAGGUAGAUGUCCACGGCUUCUCAAUGUGAUUACCACACGUAAAACAAACAGGACGUUCACGGGCUCAAUCUUGUAGACACUAUUAGGAUCAGGCUCACUCAUAUUUCCGAAUCGAUAUACAAGUCGCCGACCGUGCUUAUUGAUCUUCCUGACGAAAGCAGCCAAUAUAAUAUGAAAACGGGAUUUCGAACGAAAACAAAAGAAAAAUGUCGACUUCGACAAGAGCCUGAGUGGCCCCCAUCCUCUAUUUAUAUUGCAGUAUUCUGAAUGAUUCCCCUUCUUCCAACCUCAAUCGCGAUUAUUCGGGAAGAAAAUGAUCUGCAAUAUUUUGGCUUCAACCGUUGUUUACUCAUUCCUUCUAGUAGGCCGUCGCGCAUUUCUGCAAACGACUGGAACCUCAUUUACCUCAAUGGCACUUUCGACGAAGGCUUCUGGAGAUGACCGGCAGCUGAAAAAGUACUUUCAGCUUGUUGUCGACAGUGAUGGUGGGACAUCUAUGGUUACGAGAACAUUCCAAAAUGUCGAGGAAAAAGGAUACGCAAAAACGCCACAGCUCGUAACGCAAUUGGACAACGCCUUCGGCGUACCGACUGACGUUGUCUUCACACAACUCAUGGGAGAGAAUCCCUGGCAUCACUGCCCUGCCCCACAGUUUGUUAUUUGUCUCGCUGGUGGAUGGUACGUGAAAACAAACGACGGCAAUACGGUCAACCUUUUGCCGGGCGACGUGCUUUUCCAGGACAAUACCGAAAAUCACCCGGCCGCAAAAGAGAACACGAAGAAUGCGCAACACUAUUCAGGCUCUCUUAAUGGUGAACCUUGUGAUCAAAUGAUUGUCCAGCUGGAUUUGAGGCACGGCCCAAUUGGAGACUCCAAGAACGCCCCACAACCCAUUUAA